AUGAGUGCACCACUCGUUUUACUACCCAGCGAUGAGGUACCUCGCGACUAUCUCCCCGCCACCAACUCCAACCCUCUCCGACUGGGCCCUGGUCUCCGCAUCCUAUCACAACCCUCAUCGAAGGCCACAGGCUCCAAUCAUGUGUUAACAGCAACACAGGCAGGCCUUCUGACCACCGACGCGAAGCGCAACACUGUAUCGCUUCUUUCUUUCCCAAACCGCCGAUAUGUCCCCACUGUGAAUGACCUCGUCAUCGCCCAAAUCCACCAUUCCAGCAUUGACUUCUUCCACUGCGUAGUGACCCCCAACACAGCACAUGCACUUUUGGGUCAGUUGUCCUUUGAGGGCGCAACGAAGAAGACGCGACCAAUGUUGAAGCAAGGCGAGCUGGUGUAUGCCCGGGUGCAGUCCGUGGGAGUCGGCGCCGGCGCCGAAGUUGAGCUCACUUGUGUCAACCCAGCAACUGGCAAGGCUGAUGGCGGAUUGGGUCCUUUGGUCGGUGGGAUGGUAUUCGAUGUCUCGACGGGUAUGGCCGCCCGCUUGAUUCGGGCAAGCUCCGCUUCCCCUGACAACACGGAUGCGACUGAGGGACUGGUGGUUCUUUCUGAACUUGGAAAAAAGCUGGAGAGCUUAGGAGGAUUUGAGCUUGCAGUCGGCCGCAAUGGGAAGGUGUGGGUGGAUUGCUCUAAUGCCGCAGAAAGUGCGAUCAAGGUCACUGUUGCUAUUGGUCGGUGUCUACAGGAGACCGACCAGCACAAUCUUCACCCCCAUGACCAGAAGAAGCUGGUGACGAAAAUCCUGCGGGAGAUGAAGCUUGCAUCAUAG